AUGGACCUCACCGAUCGUGACUGUUCGCAAGAACUAUGUAUCGACUACAAGCUGGUAAACAGCUUCACGAUCCUGAUGGUAUAUCCUAUGCCUCUGAUCAGCGAUCCGUUAGAGGACCUUGAUAAGGCGUUAUGGUAUUGCUCGCUAGAUAUGACCAGUGGUUUCUGGGUCGUGCCUAUGACGGAUCGUGCUCGCGAGAUCUCGGAAUUUUCUUGGGAACCGGCGAUCGGGGAACCAAAGUUGGUUCCGGGGAAAAUCCCCGGGGCACUAUGCCACAGAUUUAUCAACGCCUCGUAG